CAGGUGCACGCCGCUCGACUUACAAUUAUUUCGCUCUUAAUGCUUAUUGUAAAAUGUACACCAAGCAUUCAUAAUUGACAACAUCAUAACGAACCAGUGAUUUGUAAAACAAUGCAUAGUAAAAUGGCAUCGGAAUGUAAUCAAGCCACUACGUAACUGUGUCUGUGUAGCGGAGCUGGACGGAUGAAAAUACAGACGUGAAAACUAAUCCCGUUACAUCUGUAUUCAUCACUCUCUUGAUCACUGGAGCUGUACUGUCUUGAUUUUCCAUUCAGCUUCUGGUAAUUGUACCAUGUUUUACACUUAGAAGUACACUUCAUUUAUAUUAGUGAAAGACUGAUGACCAUCAUGUUGGAUUAAAGGAACAAAUAUAUUAUCAGGAAACAAAGUUAUGGCUGGGAUGGAACGUCAGACUAGUACAGAGAAACUGGCAUUUGUAUCAAUGCUAAAUGGAGAACUACAGGAGGUUCCUGAGCAUGCCAGGUUGGGGAAAUGCCGCAGUGUGACUGACUUUGAGAAGUUAAGCAGAGUGGGAGAAGGCACAUAUGGAAUUGUCUACAGAGCCAGAGACAUCAAAUCUCACUCCAUCGUCGCUUUAAAGAAGAUGAGGAUGGAAAGAGAAAAAGAUGGUAUUCCCAUCAGUGGUCUUAGAGAAAUAGAUAUUCUGUUGAAUCUUCGCCAUGACAACAUAGUGGAGUUACGAGAAGUAGCAGUUGGAAAAAGUUUAGAUAGUAUUUUUCUGGUUAUGGACUACUGUGAACAGGACUUGGCAUCACUUCUAGACAACAUGGCAGCACCAUUCUCAGAAGCCCAGGUGAAGUGUAUUAUGAUACAAGUGCUGAAAGGUCUGCGGUACAUGCAUGAAAACUUCAUUGUCCACAGAGACUUAAAGGUGUCCAAUCUUCUAAUGACAGAUAAAGGAAGUGUUAAGAUAGCUGACUUCGGUCUGGCGAGGAAGUAUGGACUACCUCUAAAACCGAUGACACCAAAAGUUGUCACUUUGUGGUACCGGGCUCCUGAACUGCUGUUGGGCUCCAAAGAACAGACAGUUGCCAUAGAUAUGUGGUCCGUGGGGUGUAUCUUUGGAGAACUCCUGGCACAUCGUCCCCUGUUACCAGGACGAUCUGACAUCCAUCAAAUAGAGCUGAUCAUUGAGAUGUUUGGGACCCCCAGCGAAGCUAUUUGGCCGGGUUUUAAUCAGUUACCCAUGCUAGACAGCAUCAAUCUGAAGAAACAGCCAUACAACAAUCUUAAACACGUGUUCUCCUGGUUAACUGAUGCAGGGAUACGACUCCUUAACUUCCUCUUCAUGUAUGAUCCAAUGAAAAGGGCUUCUGCAGAGGACAGCUUAGACAGUUCCUACUUUAAGGAGCAGCCAUAUCCGUGUGAUCCGGAGCUCAUGCCAACAUUUCCACAACACAGACUCAAGCGGAAGGCUCCACCAGAAGAAAAGGCAGAAGAAAGAAAGCAAAAAAGAAACUCUGGGUCCUUCCAGGACUUUGGCAAUACAGCCCUGUCAUCUGCUAAGAAGAAAAAAGUUUGAUGCGAUGUUACUCAGCAAAGAUAAUGAAGAUUUCGAUAUCUCAUACGUGACCAGGGUGCUACAGUAAUGGAGGACGUCAUCCAUAGGAUGAUCAGGGGAAUCUCACCCAGAAAGACAAUGUUUGUGUGGAUUCUUGUUAUUGAUACAAAUUUCUGUGUCAGAUAUUGGGACCUGCAGACACGGAUUUCCUUGCCAUAGAAACAUGUUUCUGACAGCAAAGACCUCAUGUGACAGGCAUUUCACGUGUGAAGAAUCAGUGAUGAUGGAAAAAGUGUCAGACUUUUUGUGUGUUCAGUUCUCAUUACAAAAUGUAACAGAACUGUUACAAGUAAUGGGAUAGACAGACAUUUUAAGAGGAUGAUGGGAUUUUCAUGACAAAAUGCAUGUGUUGAUAAUACAUGUGAAUUUGAUGUUAGAAGAAAAAAAAGAAUAAAAAAAUAAAAAAAGAUAUUUUUUAAGAUUUGA